AUGGCCAAGUGGUUGAACAAGCGUACCCAGGCUGUCACUGAGCGCCUGAACAAGGACACCAAGCGCACCGAGUAUGAAACGGAUUUCCAAGAACUUAUCGAUCAAACCGAGGCUACUCGCGCAGCUAUUCAACGCCUUUUCAAGGAUGUGCCGGUCUUUCUUCAUCCCAACCCGGCCGCUCGUGCCAAGGCGGCGAUGGGCACGACGUACGCCAAAAUGCGCAAGACAGCCUCCGAGCGCCGGUAUCCUCAUCAUACCGGAGAGCUGGCUACAGUUUUGACCAAGAGUGCUGAGGAGUUUCCACCCGACUCAGGCUUUGGACAAGCCAUGCGCCACGUCGGCGAGGCUCUUCAGAAAAUUUGCGAAGCCCACCAUGAGAUGGAUGACGACGUGAUGCAGCAUUUGCUGGCCCCGAUCAAGGAGACCCAGGAUGGUGUUCUCAAGGACUUGGCCAAGGAGCGCAAGAAAAUGGAAUCUCGCCGUCUGGAUUACGAUUACAAGAAGCGCAAGAUUGAAACGGGCAAGAGCAGUUUCACAAACGAUGACGUGAAGCAGGCUGAGGAAAAGUUUGCCGCCUCGCGCGAGAUCUACGAAAACUCGAUGCUCAACUUUUUGGACAACGACUCAGAGCAAGUGGGUCAGCUGCAAGCUUUCGUCAACGCCUACCUCAAUGUGGCACGCCAAUCUGUGGCAGCUCUCGAGGAAGCCCAAGAAGCCCUUGCGGAAACCCUUUCGGAUGUGCAGAGCCGCCCACGCCGCGAGCCUCGCCCCCAGUCCACUUACAACUUUGACGACGAUGACGACGACGACGAUUAUGAUGACGAUGAUGCGCGAGAUAUCCCGGCCGGCACCGGCCCUUGUUGCAUUGCUGCCUAUGACUUUGAAGCCGAGGCAGAAGGCGAGCUCAGCUUUGCCGAGGGCCAGACCAUCCGCCUUCUUAGCCGCCUUGAUGAAAACUGGCUCGAGGGCGAACUCAACGGUCGCACCGGCAUUUUCCCCUCCACCUAUGUUGAAAUUGUGCGCGACCUGUAA